AUGGAGGCAUCUCUAAAUGUGCUUAGAAAUCCCAAUCGUGGAGGCCUGACGAAGGCAAGCAUGGUUUUCCUCGAUGCCAUCUCGCCCUUCCUUGCAUUUCACAAUCAAUGGAAGAUGACCAUAAAUGGUUGUGUAAUCCUUGAUUAUGAGGAAAGAUCUGGGAAAUAUGAGAUUGGUGGACCCACAUUCCUCACAUCAGACGAAAUCGUCUCCUUGACUGACACGUGGAACAAGAUCAAUAGUCCAGAAACGGCGCCGUGCAUCUACGAACACAGGGCCAUGACACGUAUAUCGCUUCCUGUAUCCUGCGCCUUCCCCCAUUGGUUUGUCGUGGACCGCACGCGUGAGGAACGAUGGAGAUCAGUGGUUUCAAUGAAAAGUCGAAUGAAUAAUAGCUACAAGACCACCACACUCAUGCUUUGGUCCGCGUGCUUGGAUGCAAAAAAACUUUUGGUUUUGUUCCUAGAUUUUGGAUCACCAAGGACUCCUCACGGGCAAGGAGGGGUUUGUUUCUCUUUUGUGCCCAAUUGGAUUGGUCUUUUUGGUGAACUUAAAGAUUCCUUGACAGGGUUGGUCCUAGAAGUUAGCUUCUUUCGGAGGAACAUAGGCUUGUGA